AUGGUCCUGGGCAUCAUAACCUCCAUAGCAGCCUGCCCAGCUAUCAUCGGCACCGUCGAAGCUGUUCGCCAGGGCCAACGCCAGAGCGCAAAGGAACGCCACCGAGGCGCAAAGACCAAUCUCGUCGUCUCUGGCUCCUGCAGCGAAAUCGAUGGUUGCCCGGUCGAGUUGCGCGACGGCAGACUCUACAUUGCCACACGUGCAGAGAGGCACAGUGACAAGCGUCCCAAAGGUCAUCCCUUCGCUGGCUACUUUCUACCCUACCCGGAGCAGACCUGGGGUCGCCGAGGCGAAGGACUCGUCUCCACCAUAAGCGACGACCCCCCGCAGCUGAAUUGGAUUUUCGUCGACGUGGACACGUACGAGCUCCGCUACGGCGAUAAAGUAGCCUCCCAGGGCCACAUUGUCGGGCCCUGGGACUGCACCAGCAUUGACAAGCGACUCACGCUCGAAGGUUGGGAGGGCUUUGUCGCGGUCGAGGAAGUCGAGUACUUGGAUGAGCAGGACGAGAAAGGCCGCGCGACCGAGGGCUGGGACGAUAACGGAGAGCGGAAGUCAUGGGUCUUGUGGUUCGAUCGCGAUGACGACGCCUUGGCAACCAAGAUUGAUGGUUGGAAGGUCGUUGAGGUCGAGCUGAUCAGGAAGGAGCGCAGGAAAAGAAAGGACGACGAGGGAGCAUGA